GAUCUCCGCCUCUACCACCAUCAAAUCAUUAAUUUUCCGGCGAUCCGCCCACUUUUUCCAAGACGAUUUCUCUGAACUUGUUCUAUUUUCAUCUGUAGUUUAUCAGAGCUCUCCGGUCGCCAUUUGUUACUGGAUCGUGUUGUUUUCUGUCUAGUUUCUGGUAUUCGAUUUGAUCUACGGGGUAAUUUCUAGGUUUCUGUUUGAAUCCCUAAAUUAUUGUUUGCUGCGGAAGAACAAUCAUCGAUUUUUCAUUAUGCGAUUGCAGAUGAACAGACCCUAGUUAUUGGAUUGGAGUACCAAAUAUUCGGGUUUGAAUUAUGUCUGCUCCCGAUGAGAAUAACAAGUCUAGUCAUACACAGCUUGCAUCCCAUUUCUUCAGUGAACUUCUAGACUCUGUAAUUAUGGAUGUUGCAUCCGAGUCUCACCGAAUCGCAAGAUUGGGACUGGACCGUAAUUUAGAUGAUGAAGAAGAAGAACUGAGGUUGUCAGCACAAGCCAGGGCCAGAUUAGCGGAUCCGAGCAAUAGUGAAGCAAAUAGCAAAUAUGUAGUAGACAUUUUCGGACAAACACAUCCUCCUGUAGCCAGCGAAAUAUUUGAUUGCAUGAACUGUGGCCGAUCCAUUGUUGCUGGAAGAUUUGCUCCUCAUUUGGAGAAAUGCAUGGGGAAGGGGAGGAAAGCACGGGUCAAAGCAACAAGAAGCAGUACAGCUGCUGCACAGAACCGGUGAUGCCGAUUCUUAAUUGCAGCAUUGGGAGAAACACAAUCAAACACCGGCGGAUUCGCAGACACUAACCGAAACAGUCGAAAACGAGGUUGGCCAAGAUGCUUCGCGAACGAACUGCCCAACUCUUGAAUUUACUUUGAACAAAUAUACUUGGGAUUUCUUCAUUAGCCGAAUACAUCAUGUUCCCAGUAUUUUGGUAGUAUAUAAAAAUGGUUUUACAUUCAUACGACUUGGUAUUUGUGGUUUAUGUGGAACAAUGUAAAAUAAAGUGGAACAGGCGUGUUCAACUCCUUCCUCA